AUUGAUUUUGGGUCGGAGUCGGAAACAGUGCUCUCUCCCUGGAAGCCUAACAAAACAAACAAACAAGAUUCGUUCAUCUUCUUUGUUCGUUCUUACGGAAUCCGAUCAAAUCCCAACCUAACAUUACCCAUUCGAUCGAAUUUACCUUGCUAAUGGCUUAGCUAUGGAAUCCAAAAUCCAAAAUUUCCCUCUAUUCUCGACUCUCUCCUCCUCAGUUGUCUCAUUUCUCAAUGAGAGACUCCACAAUCAAGAAGAUCUAGCGACGGCACCUACCCUAGUCUCAGAGCUCCAAUCGCAGUGUUUGGAUUUGGACCAAGCCCUACUCGACCUCAACUCGAGGCUUGAAUUAAGUCUUCUUGCUUAUGCUUCCUUCUCCGAUCGAAUUCAUGGCCUAUUCAGUGAUGCCAGUUCCAAGUUGACCGAUCUGGGCUCGUUGACGCGCGCUCCAACUUCACUAUCAGAUGGAGGAGGAGGAGGUGAGGGAGAAGGGAGGAAGGGGCAGCUAUUCCGCGAGGAGCUGCCAGCUCUUGCUAAGGAGGUGGCGAGAGUGGAAACUGUUCGAGCUUAUGCUGAGACGGCAUUGAAGCUUGACACUUUAGUUGGUGAUAUUGAAGAUACUGUAUCUUCUGCUAUGAACAAAAACAUGAGGAAACUGUCAUCUACGCAGAGUUCAGAAGAAAUGCGCCUGCUUGCAAUUGAAACACUUGAUCAAAUGGAAGAUGUUUUAACUUCAAUCACAAAGACACGUCCUCAGUGGACACGUCUUGUAUCUGCAGUUGAUCACAGAAUAGAUAGAGCUUUGGCCAUUUUAAGACCCCAAGCAGUUGCAGAUCAUCGGUCUCUUCUUGCUUCUCUUGGAUGGCCACCACCACUUUCCACCAUGACUUCGGCAAACCUUGACACUGGGAAAUCAGCUGAAGUCACCAAUCCUCUCUUCACAAUGGAAGGGGACCUCAAACACCAGUACUGUGAAAACUUUCUUGCAUUGUGCCGCUUGCAAGCAUUGCAGAGACGAAGAAAAUCUCGGCAACUUGAGGGCCAUAAUAGGGAGGUUGCUUUGCAUCAACCACUAUGGGCGAUUGAAGAACUGGUAAAUCCUAUAUCAAUUGCAUGCCAACGACAUUUCUCAAAGUGGACUGAUAAGCUGGAAUUUAUUUUUGCUCUUGUGUAUAAGAUCACAAGGGAUUAUGUUGACACCAUGGAUGAAUUAUUGCAACCGCUAGUUGAUGAAGCAAGGCUAGUUGGGUACAGUUGCAGAGAAGAAUGGAUUUCGGCUAUGGUAACCUCUUUAUCAACAUACUUAGCAAAAGAAAUAUUCCCUGUUUAUGUCAGUCAACUAAAUGAAGAGAGCACUGCUGGCAUGCAAUCACAGGCUAGAAUAUCAUGGCUCCAACUUGUUGACUUGAUCAUUGCUUUUGAUAAAAGAAUUCAGUCUCUGGUAACACAUUCUGAAAUCAUGUUUUCCCUUGAGGAAGAUGGGAACUUGCGGAAGAUCUCGUCUCUGUCUGUGUUCUGUGACAGACCUGACUGGCUUGAUCUAUGGGCAGAAAUAGAGCUUAGUGACACAGUUGAGAAGAUAAAAACAGAGAUGGAAGUUGAGCGAAAUUGGACAGUGAAAAUCCAAGGGGCUGCUCUUGUAUCUGAUCCUGAAAAGUACAGAUCUCCUGCUGUUUCCAGUGCCUUUCUUCGGCGUCUAUCAAUGGUGGUUGAUCGAUGUCGAUCACUGCCCACCACUUCUCUGAGGUCUAGGUUUCUCAGGUUGGCUGGUGCACCAGUUCUGCAGAGAUUUUUGGAUUGUGUUCUUCUGAGGUGCCAGGAGGCUGAAGGGCUGACUGCAUUGACAGACGAUGAUGCUCUAAUCAAAGUUGCGAAUUCCAUAAAUGCUGCUCACUACAUUGAGUCGGUUUUGAAGGAAUGGAGUGAGGACAUUUUUUUCCUUGAAAUGAGACUUGAUCAUGGUGAUCAGCUGGGAAUGUCUAUUCAUGAUGAUGAAGGCAGGGAGGCUCCAGUUGAUGGACCUGUUAGUGUCAUUUUUUAUGAGGAGGUGGGAAAGUUGGAGGAAUUUAGAAAAGAGUGGGUUGAAAAGAUAUCAGUGGUUGUUUUGAGGGGCUUUGAUGCUAGGUGUCGAGAUUAUUUGAAAAACAGGAGGCAAUGGCAGGACAAUGGUGAAGAAGGUUGGACAGUGUCCAGAAAUUUGGUUGGGGCUUUAGAUUAUCUACAAGGUAAGAUGGCAGUAGUGGAAGAAAACUUGAAUGGGAUAGAUUUUGUUGGUGUGUGGAGAAGUUUGGCUGCUGGAGUGGAUCGCUUGCUUUUCAAUUGUAUUCUUAUGAGCAACGUAAAGUUUCAUGAUUGUGGAGUUGAAAGGUUUAAUCAUGACUUGGAGGUUUUGUUUGGGGUAUUUGGAGCUUGGUGCUUAAGGCCUGAAGGCUUUUUCCCCAAAUUAAGUGAUGGCUUGAAGCUGUUAAAUAUGGAGGAGGAGAAGCUGAAGCUUCAAGGUAGUCUUAUGGGAGGUGAGCAAUGGAUGAAGGCGAUCGGAAUCAGGCAUUUAAGUUCGAGCGAGUCUGAGAAGAUAAUGAACAGUAGAGUAUUCAUGGGUUAAGGGCUUUUAAUGCUAGAAACUUUUUUCCUUAGUAUUGAUCACCCAAAGGAUUAUUCAAACUUGGAAGUAAAACGAGAGGUUCAUUCAGGUAAUUGAUGCAAUUGUAUAAAUUCUUUGUUGUACAUGGCUCUACCUUAUGGACUGACCAAUUCUUUUUUUUUUUUUUUUCCUUCUAAAUGUUACAAGAAAACAAUAAAAUUAUUUUGCUUAAUUCUGAAGAACUGUUGGAGAGGAGGAUUAUUCUAACACGUUUUUCAUAUUUAUAGUCAGAAUUUGUAGGUCU